AUGACUAAAAAGUAUGGGUAUAAAGUACUUGUAGAAUUCGUUUUCCUUUACAUAUUAGCAUCCAUUAGUAUCAUAGAGUGUUACUUAAGAAGUAGAAUUAACAAUAAAGAAAUAAUCAGUUCGAAUCAUUUUAAUAGUAUCUUCAGGAAGGUGGGAGACAAAAGAAAGUGCAUUCCAUGGUUAAGGAGAAGUAGUGUGACUUGGUCUCUUGUGUCGUUAGGUGCAUCAUCACGUCCCCAACUUCCACAACUUCCUCAACUUCCUAAGCUCCCACAACUGCCUCAUCAGCCUCUGUCACAAAUUCCAUCAUCACAAUCGGCAUUUCCAGAAGAAGCCCCACGCAGUGGUAGUACCCCCCAGAAUGAAGUAACAGAACAUGUCAAACUAAAAAAAAAAGACAAGAAGAUAUUGAAAAAGUACAAAGAUUUUUUAGACAUUUUGCCCAAGAGAGACACAGAAUAUGGAAUCAACGACGCCAUAGAAAAAAUAAAAACCUUAGCUAUUCAUAAAUUUGUUGAAAGUAUCGACAUUUACUUAUCUUUUAAUCAGAAGAAAUCAAAAAUGACUAAAAAUGAUAAUAUAAAAACGUUCAUAACAUUUCCGCAUAACUUGAAAAAAAAAAGAGAAAAAAAGGUAUACGUUGUGACUAAUAAGGAUCUUCAAAAGAGGGCCACUGACUCGGGUGCCGACGUUGUAGGAGAAGACGAUUUGAUCAACAAAAUUAAAGAAAAGGAAAUUCGACUAAAAAAAAAAAAUAACAAUUUUUUGUUAUGCACAAAUGAUGUGAUACAUAAAAUGACGCGUAUUGGGAAAGAGGUAGGAAGUAAGGGACUGAUGCCAAAUGAAAAAUCUGGAACAUUGGUAAGUGAAUUUUUAUUAGAAAAACACGUGAAAUUAUUCAAAUUUGGGAAUUCUUAUAUAUUUAAAUUAAAUAAAUUAAACACAUUAAAUUUAAAUGUCGGUGAUGUCAACAUGUCUAAUGAUGAGAUACGAGAAAACAUUUGUUACCUAUUUGACCAUUUAGAUAAUUUGGAGUUUUUUCACUUUAAUUCCAAAAAUCUCAAAUCCAUUUUUUUGAGUAGCACUAUGGGUUUCCCAUUCAAAAUAAAAAAAAAUUUCUUAUAA